CAGAAUAAUCAAAAUCUUCAAGAACUUUACAUUGGCAACAACCAGCUGACCAACAUCCGGGAGAUAUUUAACCUAAAGGUAAAACAUAUUUAUCUCAAUUUAUGUCUUGCCGGAUUUUUGAAAAAGUUACCCCCAGAUAGAUCGCUUCCGUCAAACAGUUCUUUUUUUUUUCGGCCAAAGUAGCCAUUAUAAAAACUAAGAGUGCAACCAUUGCUUUUUUCUCUUCUCCUCCUUUCUUCUUCCUCACUUUUUCUUUUUCUCCUUUCUUUUCCUUCGCUGCUUCGAUUUUGGAGCUUAUUGGGCGUCAAAACCCCGCCUUUUGGCCUUUUUCACUCAAAUAGCGGCAAAUUUCGUUACGUUCGUUAUCACAAAUUCGGCUAGAUGUAUAAUUAUCUUUCAGUCUUCCCUGUAAAGAUGUAUCAGUCAGUGAUCCUCAGAAUUAAUACUUUAUUUGUAUUUUUUUCCUAGACCAUACCUAAUCUUCUUAUCCUUGACCUCUGUGGUAAUCCUACGGCUUCCGCUGGCCAAAAUUACCGCUUGUUCGUUGUUUACCACUUGACGUCAUUGAAAGCUCUGGACGGAUUGGCUGUGGUAGGGUUAUAGUAGAAUCCUUGUUUACAUUUUUUGCCUCAUUAACAUUUGCUUAUCAUUAUCUGCUGAAGCUGAUGUUAUAAACUCUCAAUAUUGAAAGAGUAAAACAAUUUCAGUUAUCUCUAAAAUUUUGAGCCCGACUUCUUCAAUAGUUUCGGAGAAAUUCUCUUUGAAAAACCCUAAACUUUACAAAGAAUUCUGAAUGUAUGAGCUCAUCAACGUUUUGCCACCCCGCAUUUCGCAGUUUUGAUUGCCUAUAUGUCCUUUGUUAUUGAUUGCAACUGGGGAGCUAAAACUUGCACAAACUGCUCGAAUUAACCAACUCUUGCAACUUUUCAACCUAAUCUGUAUAUACGGCGACGGCUUCUAUGGGUUAACUCGUAUGCUAAUGACAAGACUGUAAACAAUGACGUCAGUAAGGAUUCGCCUAUAUGUUACAAAAACUUCCUUAGUUUGACUAUUGGCCACAUUGCUGCUGUUAUUGUUUACACGUCAUGUUAGUACGUGAUCUUUUCAUCAAUCUCUGUUUUAAAGACUUUUUUUUCCUUCUAUGCAUCUCAGUUCCUUUCUUAUUCUGUGUUUUGAAGGAAACAUCAGAAGGCAGUCUUGCCAAGGAUACAUUUGGAGGAAGGUUUGUGACAUUUCAGACAAGUGACUCAGUUUAUAUUGAUCUCAAUGAGAAGACUCUGAUUCAAGCAUAUAGUUCGUCUUUCUACAGGCUUACUCCAGAUUUCAUCGCCGAGCGCCUGGGUCAUGCAAACUUCUCAGAGCUAAGAGAACUUGAUUUACCUCACUGUAGCCUAAGAACUGUGGAUUUGGGAACCAAAGAUGUGUUCAUUAAUUUGAGAAGGUUAGUCUCUCCACGAUAACCCUCUUCCUCCCCACCCCACCCCCCUCCAUCACCUUAGUCUCUAGAGACCUGAGCCCACAGUCAAUCAUUGCGUCUGUGUCACUGGGGCAUUUCUUUCCCGAGUCGAGAAAACGAGGAAAGGCACUUCAUCAACCUCGUAUCCAGACAUAUCUCGUCCCGCUACUAAAGGGAAAAGCCCUGAGAAGUAGGUUACAUUAUCACUGUCAUGUGCUUAGUUCAACCCAGGUCCUUGGCAUUCUCUUCCUCUCGUGAACGAGCGAAAAGACGCGUGCAAUAUUGAAAACUGCCAACGUUCCUCGCCAGAAAGAAUUACCAGGUAACUAGUUACAGUGGAACCUCGAUAUAACAAACCUAUAUAUAACGAAUUCCUCGGUAUAACGACCGAUUUUGUUUACCCCAGUAAUGCGAAAAUAUGUGGAAAAGUACCUCAAUAUAAUGCAACCUCGUUAUUGCGAACGUAUUUUGUCAGUCCCUUAGCACUUCGUUAUAACGAGGUUCCACUGUAACUUAGCUAGUGGUGCAGAAUUUGCAAUUGUUUCAUAUAAAGUUAACGUUACUUUCUUUUUUCAGUGUAAACCUGGAGCAUAACUCGUUGACCUCAUUUGGCGGCCUUGUAAACCUCGUCAAUCUAAAGGUAAAAGCUACCUGAUAUAUAUUUUUUGUUUCGUCAGUGUUUUAGAACAGUACCUUGCUUAGACGAAAAUGGGAAGAGACGAGUUAAAAGAAUGAAAAUGAAAUAUCUUAGACCCUACUAAACGAUAUGGUUUUAUCUAUGUCCCUCUCAGGUCCUCUGUCUGAACCACAAUCAUGUCGAAAGCGUGAUUGCAAAGCCGAAGGCAACGUCACCAGCGAACGCACCAAAGCGAGGCACUGACUUUUCCGUAGCAUCAGAGAUAACCAACCCGGAGAAUUUCACUCCAGUUCUUCCUAAUCUUGAAGUUCUACACCUUGGGUAAUAAAUACAUAAAUUAUAGAUUCAGUCAAGCCUAAAAGCGAAGCUCCAGUUAAUAAAUCUACAAUUUAAUUUAAACAAUGUAAUCAUCGCAAAGCAAUCCACUUAAAGUUGAGCCUGCGAUCAGUUGAAGAUUAGUGGCUUGUCAGCGGAUAACUUCAACAAACACGUUAUCUCGAAGGGUCGAUACCUGAGCCCGCGAUAUGGUCGUGUAAUUCUAGUUAGCGGAUACCCUGUUUUGAUGGCUGUCAAUUGACGACAACAUGGAUGUGCAAUAUCAGAUUGCAGGCUCCCACACUAGCUAGAAAGUCUGAGAUUUUACAUUGGUUUCCGUGUGAUGCUGACGGACGGAAGGACGGACGGUCACGUGACUAUCAAAAUUUCUUGGAUGGAUAGAUUUUCCUAGCUAUGGAGCUUCGCCAUUGAAUGUCCUUCCUCUAUCCGUAGCUUUCGAGUUGAAAGUAGUUGUCUUUAUAUAGUUUGACCAAGGUUUUAACCAGAAGGGAUCUCUAGCCGUCCUUUGGACGGCCAUUUUCGGAAGAAAUACAAGGAAAACUCACUUAAUCUCUUAAAAUUUUAAGGGAAAAGAUGCCUUCUGGACGGCUAGUUUUCAAUGUCUGAGUUAGACCCUUGACUUCCAAUUAAUAUUCGGUUGAAUUAAUCAAAAUCCAGUUUAUUUUAGUUAUGACGGACAUCCAGCAAAGAUAGGUUACUCGAAAAGAGCGCGUUUUCGACUUUGUAUUUGCAGUAACGUUGGGAAAGUUAACAACAAGAUGUGAAAGGGUUGAACAAUGUGUACGCAAAUUCAUUGACAAACUUAGACAUCGACAUUAUGGAACGCCCCGUGUGUGGCUUUCGAUUAUAGUUUCUGAGGUGAACUGAAAAAUAGAUCCUACGUUCUUCGGCAUAUUCGUUUGCGGUCCUUUGUGGUUAAUGUUUGAAAAAUACAGAUUAAAAUUUUUGCGGUUAAUGUUUCCUACAGACUUGUACGCUUUUUUCUUUUUACGACAGAUACAACGGCAUCACUGAUAUGGCCACCUUGCAGCUCUCUCGUCUGACUAAUUUAAGAGCUCUUUUCUUACAAGGUAGGCUAAAAACUUUUAAAAGUUAAGUGAUCAACUUUUUUCUAUGUUAGGCCUUUCUUUUGUUGUACAUGGCUUAAAAUAACCUCCGUAGAUAGUUAGCACUUCAUCUUUAAACACGUGUGGGAAUACUGUUGGAUUCUGGGAGCUUGCGGACAAUUCAUCCGAGGGUCUUUCACACACCGCCACUUUAAAGCAGUGUUGAGAGGACCCUAGUUAAUAAGUCACGUCACCGAUAAUUGUGCCGAUGUGAUGUGUACUUCUUCGGGAUGGACGCGUCGAACCUCAGAUCAGAGGUCGGCUUUCACGUUCGAACUUUGGAUUCCGCACAGCAAUCGUGUUGUUUAAUGUGAAUCCGUAGUCCAUCUGCUACCAAUGAGUGCCAUGUCGCGUUAUUCUUUCCUGUCUAUUUUUAGAUUUCUUUUCCCGCGGAAAUUUGAUGAAUCGCUUUCCUCGCUAAAUUCUGAUGACUUUCGUCUCGAGGAGAAAGCUUUUUCCCUUUCUUCUUUCUGGUUCAGGUUGAGCCACUUGUCCCUGAAUGCGUAAUGUGACUUAGAGUCACACUUCGCCAUCUGACAUUACUGUUCUUUUCCAGAAAAUCAUACUCUGCUCUGAUUGGCUGAGAGUUUUCUUGGCACAAAAUAAAAAUGUAUAAAUAGCCUGAAUGUUUAGUACGCUAUGACCCAAGCCUCAUGAGAGAAAUCGAGGCACUAGGUUAAUAGGCUUCUAUUUGAAUAGAAACUUUUUCCAUAUUAUCGUUGUCUCUUGUUUGGUAAGGCCCAGUCCACCGAUUUGUCUUAGUCCACUCGGCCAUGUAUGGUUUGAGAGGGUGGCAGUUGGGGUGGAUGGGGCAGUAACCUAUUAGUAGCUAACACUCCUGGAUGUUUCGUUCUUCUGUAACCGAGAUAAACUCUAGCGGUGUGGACCUUCUAAGUUCAAACUGCGCCUUUGCUUUUAUUUAUGUAACUUUUAUAUAAAGCGCAAAACUGACGGGGAGCUAAUUUUUUUUACAAAGUCGUAUUAUUGUUCUCUGUAGGAAAUGAUAUUGGCAAAAUAGAAGGACUUGAGGGACUACUAGAACUUCGAGAACUUGUUCUCGAUCGAAAUAAAAUCAAGGUAAUAAUUUUCGAAAAUAGAAAUUUAUUUAUCCUAUAGAGUCAGCGUCAUGACCAAAAAAAGUAUUUGUUUAAAAACAGCACUUCUAAGAAAACUUUUUUAAAAAAUCGAUCAGCUAAGGUAUUACCUUGUAGUAUAUAGCAUAAUUUCUUUUAGACGUAUAAAACACUUUAGAAGAGAGCCCUUAUACGUUAGUGAGUAUUCCCUGAAGAAGUCAAAGACUUUUCCCGUAAAAGACUGUUUUCUUAACGUGUGCAAGUUUUGGGGGCAAACACUUCCGUAAUUGUUAAUACUGGAAAAUAUAAAGUUAUUUCAACAGUCAAGAUAUAUAUCUGCAUCAAUAGUUAAGCGCGAUUGGAGCGCGGGUAUUGUACCUCGUGUUCCAUUUAUAAAGAACGUUUAGGUUAUGAUUGCACUGUACCGGAGAGUUUUUCGUGCCGUGCAAAAAGCAACGACGCGGGGCGAUACAAGUCGUUCACGCACAUCGAACAUCGUGCCGGCGCGGUUGGCCGAGAGGGCUUGGUGUACUAAAUUCCAGUCUUAACUCCUAAAUAUUUACUUCCGUCUCAGUGGGUUCCAGUCCUCGCUCCCACUUAUUUUCUUUCGCGGCGGACUGAAUAGGUGUUCACAUUGCACCAAAGUUUCACAUAAAACCUAUCCUAUAUGUGACGCUCCACUUUAGAGAUCGGCGCCGCGCAGCUUCGCCCCGUUUUACAGAAAUCGCGCCGAAAUGACCGUUCUUAUGUGUAAACAGAAGCCUUAUUCGGUAAGGCUUUCGUGACGACAUGAAAAGCUACCCUGCAUAGUAUGAACACCUAUCCAAUAUGUGACUCUCCUCUUUAGGGAUCGGCGCGACGCAGCUUCCUGCCGUUGCAGAAAUCGCGCCGAAAUCACCGUUCUUGUGUGUACAGAAUCCCUACCCGGUAUGGCUUUUGUGCAUACGCAAAAGCCAUCUUGUAUAGUGUGAACGUAGCGUUGAGGAAAGGUCCGCCCCUGAUUGGAAUGUACCUAUAGCGCCUGGUAUUUACUUAAAUUUGCCUAUGGUUCCCGCAGGGUAUCUCAAGCACGUCAUUUGUGAGUCAGUGGAAUGUCACCGAGUUACACAUGGAAGAAAACAGGAUACGGGAAUUAACUAACCUUGAGCCGCUUCAAAAUCUUCAGCGGUUGUAUCUGGGAAUGAACCGUAUUCAAGUAAGUUACCUUCAAAAUUGCCACCUUGUUCAUGGUGGUGUCGAACAUACAUUGUCAAACAAAUAAGCCUUUCUUGAUGUCUCUUCUUCAAGUUGAGGCUUCUUAGAGAGUAAUUUUGCCCUCGUUAGGUACAGGCUUUACGUUUCUCUCUGCAAACCUUGAUCUUAUAUCUUUUUUUGUUUAAUUUUCUACCCUAGGACAUAGCUGAGCUGGAAAGGCUAGAAUGUUUGAGGCACCUUGUUGAACUGUCUGUUAUUAAUAAUGCGGUGAGUUUUAAAAAAAUUGUGUUUGUUAGUUUUUCCACCUUCAAAAUCCCCACUCUUAAGUCAUCAAUAAAUACUUAAGUAAGUAAAUAUGAAAACCGAUCUCAAAUCUUUUCCACCUUUGACUUAACGCCAUCUUUUUCUUCACUUGAUGUAAUCAGCUAUAGUCCGUAGUUCUAGGAGACCUAACCUCUCAUAAGCUUCUAUAGUUUCUGUUAGGUCUCCUCGCCACUUCUUUUUUUUAAUUUAUCUUAUAUUUUUUGUAAUUUCUAUUAUUGUGUGGGUAAUAAAUAAAUAAUUACUAGCCUGCGUGCUGGGCGUUAAAUGGGAAAGAGGAAGGGGGAAUUCAGGGACGUGAGAGAGCGAGGGGGGAGCGAGGAGGCGGGAAGGAAACCCCUCGCCCUCUCGCGCGCCUGAAUUCCUCCUUCCUCUUCUCCUGUUAACGCCUGUCAUGCAGGCUAAAUCCCUACUUAAGGAUCGUAGCCAUGGACUGACAGGUGAAUUACAAAUAGCAGAGUAGAAUUCGUAUAAUUUCAACCAUCAGAGUAUAACUGCAUACCAGUUGUAAAUGAAUAACUGCAAGGGACCGCAAGUGAAUAUGCUGCAGAACGUAGGAUUUAAAGAAGACCUGGUCAACAAAAAUAUACCAGCUUUGCAGAUUUCAAUGCGUACGAUUUGUUCGAUUUUUGCAAGCUUAAGUCGAUACGGAGACCCAACUUAUCAGAUGUUCGAGCCGAAGUGGUCAACGGUUCAGUUUGUUGUGGGACUGAGUUAUACAUGUGUGAGACAAGCGUAUCGGCAAUUGACAUACGUAAACCAAUCCACGGUCUGGCCAGUACAUACGUACAUACAUGUGUGUAAGUUAUCGUAAUAGCGGUCAUUCAACUUCUGAUUUCAGCUUUAAAAUUAAGUUAUUUCGUGACAUCAGCUUGUUAGCUUGUUAUUGUGCCUCCUUAGACAACAUCUUGUUUUGUUCCUGUUUAGUUACAUUUCUCAUAUAAUCCUCAGGUUACCCGUCGUCUUCUUCACCGGCCGCUACUGGUAUACCGCAUGCCCAAUCUUCUGUGCAUUGAUGGGAUUCCUGUGUCAGGUGACGAGAAAGCCAAAGCUGAAAUGUACUUCAUCGAGCAGCAGGUUAAUAACAGUAGUAAGAAGUUUAUUGCACACUCCCCUGCGGGGCUUUUCAGUGAUACAAGGACAAAGCUAUAUAUAAUUCAUUAUCAAGUAUAUAUAAAAAUAACCCUUAAAAAAGAAAAAAUAAUAAAAUUACCUAAGUUUCCGUGUAAAAUUCUUAUGAUACAAUAAAAGGUUAAAACCUACGAAACGCUCGCGGGAUCAAGAAAUUUAUGUAACAAUAUUUGCCUCAGUUUCUGUUUAAAGUCCCUAUGAUUCUUACUUAAUUUGAGGUCUUAUCUAGGCUGUUCCACAAACAGGUUGCUAUUCCUGUUUAAUAUUUGUUUGCCCUACUCAUCGAUCAAACCUACUCUUUCAUUAUACCUUCUUUUUUUUGCAAUCUAUUCUCCUCUCGCCGAGAUUUCCCCCCUUCUGAUUUCCCUGCUCUUAUUAAUGCUGACAUAUGACCUUUCACGUGACUUUCCUUGGCAGGGUGGAAUGCAAAAUAUGACGUCUGCUUUAGAACCCAGUCUCCCAGGAAUCGUGACGACGCGGUCCCAGGCCCCCCUUCGGGUAGGUUGCUUAGAAUGUUUCUAUUGAAGACUGUCCAGCGUUUUCACUCAGUCAUAAUUAAAUGAAUUAGGGUGCACAUAGGUACAGAAAAUGAGAAACCCUUUAGAGCGUUGAGUGGUAGGGUUGUCGCGUUUUCGUGGCGCCACCAAAAGCUAUCCAGUAUAAUGUGAACGUCGAGCGAAACGCUUGAACGACGAAAAUAACCACGCGCGUAGUUGAAGGUGCGAAAUAGGAGAGGCACCCUCGCUUCUUGCGUGACACGCGUGAAACUUAACUAACCGGCUUUUUUGAAAGAAUAAUAAGAGACUGCUGCCAGUCUACAGAGCUCAGCAAGAUGGGAACCAGCACGGUAGUGUUAAAGAUAUUUUGUGACUCAUUGUCACAGCUAAAAAUCUUACACGGACCAUCUCUAACAACUUGUCCUUAGAAAUUGUUCUUCGCAUCUUUAUUCCUUAUUUUAUGCGUUCACUUGCUUUCUUGUAUGUCAGGUCACCACAGUUCAACUGAAUAACAACACGGAUCGUAACUGGGGAACCACAGCACUAAGAAAUGAUUUUCCUAAUGGCACCUUAUUAAGGACCUUUGAACAACAGCAAGAGAAA